CCAAUAUCUCCUCUCUCUCCCAUGAACCCUAACCAAUUUGUCUGUAUUCCCUUUCUUUAUUUUAGUUAUAUAUAUGUAUAUGUUUACAUAUAUGUAUAUGCAUACAUGCAGAUGAAGAGAAAUCAGUUCUACUCAUCUUCCCCCUUUCAUUCUCAAUCUUUAUAUGUUAUUUCCUUCGUCUUCUUCUUCUUUUUCUUCUUCUUGGUUUCUUGGGCUAUAGAGUUGUGGGGUAUCAACGGAGUCAGAGACGAUGGACGUGGAAGUCAAGAGAAUUAGGGAAGAAGAAGAUGACAAUCGUGAUGAGUUAGAAACAGCCGCCAUUUUCAAGAAAGCAAAUCGACCUGUGACGUUGAAGUUUGAGGAUGUUGAAUACAAAAUCAAACCCAAGAAAGGUUCUGUAUGGUGGAACCAAAAUCGGAAAGAAACCCAAGAAAAGCUCAUCUUAAAGGGAAUAACCGGCGUGGUUCAGCCGGGGGAAAUGCUGGCCAUGCUGGGCCCAUCCGGAAGCGGCAAGACCACUCUCCUAACAGCUCUCGGCGACCGUCUCGGCGCCGGCAGCGGAAAACUCACCGGAAAAAUAACGUACAACGGGAAACCUUUCUCAAACGCAAUGAAGCGAAACACAGGAUUCGUCACCCAAGACGAUGUUCUCUACCCUCACCUGACGGUGACGGAAACCCUCGUCUUCACCGCCUUGCUCCGGCUCCCAAACAGCUUGGGAAAGCAGGAGAAGAUUGUUCAGGCAGAGGCAGUCAUAAGCCAAUUGGGUCUAAGCAAAUGCGAGAACAGCAUAAUCGGGGGCCCGUUUUUAAGGGGAGUGAGCGGAGGGGAGAGGAAAAGGGUGAGUAUCGGACAAGAAAUGCUGAUAAACCCCAGCUUGUUGUUCCUGGACGAGCCGACGUCGGGUCUGGACUCGACGACGGCGCAAAGGAUCGUGUCGACGCUGUGGGAGCUUGCAAGAGGCGGAAGAACUGUGGUGAUGACGAUACACCAGCCGUCGAGUCGGCUGUUUUAUAUGUUUCAUAAGGUGUUGGUUUUAUCAGAAGGGAACCCUUUGUAUUUUGGGGAUGGAGAAGCUGUCAUGGACUACUUUAAAGGCGUUGGCUACGCCCCCCUCAUCGCCAUGAAUCCUUCAGAUUUUCUGCUCGAUAUUGCCAACGGUAUGCUUCAUUAUCUUUUUUUUUUUUAAUUUAUUUUCAUCAUUAUUUCUAACUUCAAUUCUUUUUAAUCAAUCGACAAGCAGUUUAGUCGGUGGUCAACAACCUGGUGGCAACAGUUCUCCGUUCUUCUACGACGAGGCGUCAAAGAACGCCGCCACGACUCAUUCUCCGGCCUCAAGAUCGCUCAAGUCCUCGUCGUCUCUCUACUUUCAGGUCUUCUAUGGUGGCAAUCCGACCUCUCCCACUUACAAGACCAGAUCGGACUUCUUUUCUUCAUAGCUGGAUUCUGGGGAUUCUUCCCUCUGUUUCAAGCAAUCUUUACGUUCCCCCAAGAACGGAUGAUGCUCGAGAAAGAAAGAUCUUCGGGCAUGUACAGACUAUCCUCAUAUUUCAUGGCGAGAGUCUUGGGAGAUCUCCCAAUGGAACUCGUCCUUCCCACCAUCUUCCUGACAAUAGUUUACUGGAUGGCUGGCUUGAAUCCCACGGCGGAAAGAUUCUUCCUCACCCUAUUGACUCUUCUGCUGAGCGUGCUGGUGGCGCAAGGGCUGGGGCUGGCGCUGGGGGCAAUGGUGAUGGACCAGAAGUCGGCGACGACGCUAGGGUCGGUGAUAAUGCUUUCGUUUCUGCUAGCAGGGGGGUUUUACGUGCAGCACGUGCCUGGGUUCAUUGGAUGGAUAAAGUACGUUUCAAUAAGUCAUUAUUCGUAUAAGCUGCUGAUUGGAUCGCAGUACGGGUGGGAUGAGACUUACCCUUGUGGGAAUGGUGGGACGUGUUUGGCUAGGGAGUUUGAGGCGAUUAAGAGAGUUGGGAUUGAGGAUCAAGUUUUAUCUGUUUUGGCUUUGUUGUUAAUGCUUGUGGGUUAUAGGCUUGUGGCUUAUAUUGCCUUGGGAGGAUUUCAGUGAGUGAAUAAAAAGUUCAUUAGUAGAA